UCAGCUCUCUCCCUCACAUUUCGAAGAUCGUUUUUCUUUCUUUCUUUCUUUUCCCGCCCCCCAUUAGCUCAUCUCGUUAACUAAAUUUGAUUCCUGCUAAUUUUCUUGCCUUUGUUUUCUUAUUCUUUUUAGGGCUUAGACACGAUUUUUUGUUUUUCUGAUUUCUCCGGGAUUCAUUUGUGGUUUCUUUUUUGUUGCUGUAAAGGUGGAAAAGUAAUUUUCAUGUUUUUGUAAUGCUGGUUAAUUUCUGAUGCAUAGGUUUUCCUCAAAUGAAGGCUAAAUUUGUCUGGAACAGAGUAGUUGGUCACUCUAGAGGUUUCCUUGACUAAAAAAAUAGCAACACCAACUGAAGUUUGGAAUCAGCUAUUUUCUGCAUCAUGGAUCAACUAAUUACAAAUCAGCACCUACCAUCACAUAUGGACACAGGUAUUAGAUGGCUGGCAAAAUUACAUACUCAGAAGUUUUUUAAGUUUCUGAUUACUAAGACCUAAAAACAGCUGAAAUCCUUAUUAGUUUUGAUUAGCUUAGUUUUGGAAUUCUGAUUAUGAUAAAAAGUUUAGAAAUUGCUACUAUCUGUGAAGGUCUGUUUAGCAAAGGAGUUCAAUUCCUAAAAGGGCAUCCCAAGUCAAUAGCGACUGCAUAAAUGCUUCUGUUAUGCUUUCUUGUCCUUCCAAUUAAAAGAAAUAUAUAUUUUGUUAGAAAAAAGGGGCUUUUUGAAGGAUUAUGUUUGUAAAAUAUGUUUAAGUAUCCUCCCUAAGUUGGGUUGUCCAUCCAACUGAAUGAAUAGUAGCUUGAGAAGGCUAUGUGACUUCCAUGUCCAUUGUGGCUAAUUGUCCUUGUAGCAUUGAUGUUGCCUGUGGAUUUCUCAAAAUUUUAUACCACUCAUUUUGCUUAGAGAUUUUCUUCUCUUUUUUCUCUCGGAAAAAAAAAACUUUCUUUUAGGAGUUAGAAAUUUUUGGCACAAAUGCGGCUUGCAUUUGGAAGUGUUCUAGUGUUGCUGUUCGCUGAGAGAACAAGAAAAGGCCCCUUUUAUUCUGAGUCAGUUUUUCAUUUCUGAUCUUCUAGAUUGUCUCAGUAACAUUUUAGCAUCCCUUUCUAAUUCCAACCAGCUAGGGACCCUUGUCUCCUGGUUUUGCCCUUUCUUUUUGAAAGAUACUUAAAACUAGAAAAUUGAAUGGAAAAAACAACUCUGGUCACUUUGCCUUUCUCCCAGCCAUUUAUGCACAUGUACGAAAUCAUAACAUCUUUACUUAUUGUAAUUCUGAUUCUAGUAGGUUUACUGUUUACAUAACUCAUUAUUAAUUUUAUUCUUCCUUGUGUCCUAUAUUAUGGGAAUUUUCCUUUUUGACAAUGGGAAUCCUACUCAUUGUUAAAGCUUAAUGUUCUCUAAAUAUAAGAGGCUGUUGAGUUAUGCUAAAUGUCAUUAUGCCAUACCACAACUGGACAUUUGCAUACUGAAAUAAUUAUAUUGAGAAACAGGGAGCGGAAACAUAAUUUUACAUGUCAUUUACUGUCUUCGUAUGUAAGUAUUGAAUCUGAAUUCAGGUGCAGCCUCUGUUAACAUGUGGCUGCCCACCUUGAUCUGAAUUUGCAUUGAUAUUUUCUACCAAAAAAGUGAAAAAAAAAAACUGAUAUUUUAACCUUCUUGUUUGAUUGCACCAAUAAAAAUUUGUUGAGAAGUAUUUUCUAGCAUUUAGAAUACAUAAGAAAAAAUAAUUUUCAUAGUUGAACAGAUACAAAUUUUAUGUAAAAGGAAGAGCGAAUCUCAAAUGAAUAUUGGUUGACCUAGGGGCAGCUAAAAGUGAUUGGCAAUAGCCAGUGGACAAGUGGUUAAUCGGCUAUGGGUGCCUAUAUAGUCAUUUACCUUUUAAGUUUGUGAAAGUUUGGAAAUGACUUGCUGUUUUGAAAAAUAUUUUUUCCUUAAAAAGGGCAUAAUUUUUUGUUUUGUUAACCAAUAUUUCCGAGUGCCUUAACAUUUGGAAAAUGUGAUUUUUUUUUUGUUUUUUUGGAGAAAUCCUUAAUCUCAUUUUGUUAGCAUCUCUAUUUAAGUUUUCAUCCUUGUGAGCACAUCUUAAACAGUGCUCUGAUGUUAAAAGUAGCAUCUUAAUGUGUUAAUAAAUUAGAGCAGCGUGCAUGUAUUGUUUAGGAUACGUUAAGUUGGAGACUUGGAGCUAUGUUAAAGCAUUUUCCACCUGUAUUACUGAAUGAUUUCUUGAACACUAUUGAAAAAAAAAAUCAUAUUAUUUUGAUGACAUGCAUGAUAUUUAUAGAAAAUUUACUUAUGGACAAACAGAAAAUUAAACUGUUGUAGACACCUUUUGUUAUCUUCAUGUGCAAGAUUUAUUUGUAAAUUUGCAGACUUCAUAUGUCAUUUAUCAUAUUCUUUUUCUUUCAUUCUUAUUCUUUUUUUUUUUUCUCUCCUAGGAAGAUCUCUUAAAAUAUCCCUUGUGAUUGUGGUAAAGAAAGACGGGAUUAAAAAGCAUCUAAGUUCAUAGUUAAAAUGUAGAAAGAAAACAGAGAGAGAUAUAAAAAAAUAGGGGCAAAACAAACAUUGUUUCCGAUGACCAAGGGUGGUAAAUGGUUUGAUUAUCAUUUAAAUAAGAAUAACUGAAGCAAAUUUAAUUAAACUGUACUCAUAAACUAGAUAAGAAAAACAAUAAAAACAAAAUAAUAAGUAAUGUCUAUCUGGUUGCUUAUUUAUCUCGUUCCAUUUGUCUCCUGCUUGACCUUGAUAGAAUAGACAAUUUAUGGACUUGUGGUCACCAUGAUCUUGUGGUACUCUAAGAUACCAAUCACACUAACCUUGUCCAUCCAAGAAUAUAUAGGGUUUAAUUCCCCAAUAUUCCCCACAUUAACAAGUCCUAACAGCCCAUGGAAUCCUCAGAACCUCUGGCCAUCGAGAGUUUCUCUUACAGUUGGUUAACAAGUGUAAGUUCUCCUUUAGAUGGCCUUGAGGAGCUCCUUAGAGCAUCUUUUGACAGUUCCCAUGAAGCUACUGCUGAAGAUUUAGGGUACCAGAUGCCAAAGCCAAAAAGAUCUCUGGAAGAAGUCCAGAACUUUAAUUUUGAUGUUCCCAGUUCUCCAUACCCAGAUGCUCUUGUUGAUGCUGAUCAGCUUUUCUCUGAAGGCCUCAUCAAGCCUGUUUUUGUCGGCCAAUCAAAGAUAGAGGCCUCCAGUUCCCUUGAUUUACUUCCUAAAAUGCAAUCUUCUUUUCCUUCUAGUGCUGUCAUUCCAGCUGUUCAUAUUCGGUGUUGUAAUUUUGAAAGAUGGAGAAAAUCAUCGAAGCGGAUCUUGCAAAAUUGUUUUGGAUAUCUGAGACCCUUGUGCCACAAAAUACCUGGCUCAAGAAGAAGCACAAGAGUGGAUGAUAUUGAUAGAAGGGCAAGGCAAGUUAAAAGCUGGAGCAAGUCUCCACGAGCAUCUCCAGGCAUAACUUACUCAUCAACAGAUUGUUGUGAUAUUGAGAACUCAAUUUAUGAGGCAGUUCUUCAUUGUAAAAGAUCUAUAGCUAAAUGAUUGUUUUACAGAAACAAUUGGAGAGCUUCUAGAAAUGCAUUGCAAAAGAGUCAACUUGUUCCUUGUCCCAUUUCUCUGUCUUCUAUCCCCUUGGUUGUUUUUGUUCAUUUGUCUUCUAAAGCAGACACUUGUUUGUUACCCAGCAGCUGUGAGAAUAGUAAUCAUUUAAUACUUACUUUUUUUCUUUAAAAGAAAAUGCAAAUAUCUUUGACAGUACACUUUUAUUUGUGUUCUUAAUGCUGUAAAGAUGAGAAUUAAAUUAUUUCUUGUGUGCCA